AUGGGACACUAUGCGGAAGAAUGGAAGAUAUAUGAUCGUUUAAUGAGGCUAGAAUCCAACAUUUCAUAUGAUAGCAUGAGAAAAAUAAUCAUAGCAUCACUGGAGUGGUGGGAGGAGAAAAUAAAGGGAGGAGAUAAAGAAUAUGCUAAGUUUAGGGAUAAAAAUUUGAAGAUAUAUGAAACAUAUUACGAGAAGUUAUUUCGGGAUUCUGUUGCUAUAGGGGCACACAUGAACGAACCCAUCGACUUUGAAGAAACUAACACCAACCAUCACCAUACCUGUUGUGAAUCAGAUUUCAAGAUCAGACCUGACCUUCUGGGUGAACGAUUCAAGCGAUUCAAAGAGAAGGGGAUGUAA